UAUUUUAGGCAGCCGCGCCACUCUGCUCAGUUCUCUUCAUCAUCGACUACUAAGUGAUUGUGAGUGUGGUCUCUAAAACGAAAAAGUCUUUCAUUCUUUAAAAAUCUUUCUCCUUUAAAAGUUGAUAAAAGUCUAUCAAAAUGUCUGCGUCACCGAUUGCAAGGCAAGCUACUCACAGUCAGGUGAUUCCGUCAAGAAGGGUGCUUAUUACGGAUCCUACGCAAAUGCCAGAUGUCUAUUCCAGCACUCCUGGAGGCACCGUCUAUUCAACUACACCUGGAGGUACCAGAAUAGUUUAUGAGCGAUCCUUCAUGAUGUCGCUGAGACAAUCACCGAUUUCGCAAACACCACCAAAGUGUAGUCUCCCUGCUGGGCUGCUCAAGAACCCUGGCGCCCACACAGCGACGCACUCGCCUUCACAGAAGAAUGUGCGCUCAAAUUCGAUUUCCUUCGAUGAGUCGCAGGAGACUUUCAGUAUGGAUCUCUAGACUAGUGUAGGGUAACCAUUGUAUUGUGGGACUGAUUGGGUAAAGUCUAAUGAGAAAUAAUGGUCAAUAUGUCGCAAUUAAGAAUAAAAUUAUGCUAUUUUUAUAGUUCCCGACUUAGCUGCUCAAGUUUGUGCUUCAGAUUUACGAAUAGAAGUUAUUUGUCUACUGUGUUUUGUUUGCUUAUUUUUAACGUGGUUUUUGUUUAACCUAUCCCUUGGCGUAGUUAUUUUUUAGUAUAUUUUAACGAUAUUCCUCCCGCUGCAUUUUAGUGUCUCUAAUUGUAAUAAAUUUAAUUACUUAAUCAGUAUUCCACAUUCACAAGGUUCAUUAAAUUUAAGGUCAAUUGUAAUGUUAGUUUAAACGUGACUGAACCAUUGUUUAACGUUCGAGACGUGGUCCUUUGCCGCGAAAAAAAACAAACUAAAAAAAUGAUUAACUACACAAAAAAAGUUCUAAAAACUUACAAAAUAUAAAAAAAACACUGACCCAAUUUUUAAUGGAAUGGUUGCAAAGUGUGUGAAUUGUUAUUGUUUAAAGAAAGUGACAAAGGACCACUUAUUGUAAAUAAUUUAAUUCUAAUUGUACGCGUAUGACGCACAUUAAUUUAGGUGCUGAGUAUUUUCUCGUAUUUUUUAAGCUUCCGUCUUUAUUACGCAUACAAGAAACUUCCAAAAUAUUGUUUUUUUGUAUUUACGAGCACGACAGAAAUUUUCAGCUUUCAUAGUCUUUAUGAAAGGUAGUUGAAAAAAUCAUAGAAAAAAAAUUUAUUAGCCAUUUCCUAUAUACGGUAUUUACGUAAGAAAGAAAGACAUGACUGUUAUACAAUGUAUGUGUAAUAAAAGGAAACAAAUACAAAGCAAGUGCCAUUGAAUAGAAGUUAAUUUUCUAGAUAGUUCUCUUCUUUAUGGCAACGCUGAAAGCUAUAGACUUUGCGAAA